AAGUCCUCUCUCUAUUUACCACGACGUAUUUCCGGUUUGCUCGCCUAAAUUCUGGCCUUAUUGUUUGUACGGAUCCAUUAUCCACUGACCAAGAUUGUUGACAACUAAAUGUUUGCUGAAAUGAAGAGAAUUUUUGCUUGCUAUAGUACGCGAUUUUUUUGAAAAAUCAAUCGCGUAUUUUCUAUUUUCGGCGGAUAAACACUGAUCAUGUCAACCCCUCCUAGGAUGUCAUCGCGAUGUGGGUCCAAACUAUCUACGCGUGCAAAGCAUAAUACAACAAAUGUGGUCAAUUGGUUUAAUUUAGUGAUGCAAGAAAUGCCAGACCUAAAAGAAGAAACCGAAAGAUCGUUUCUGGGAGUUGAUUGCUUGUUUUCCAAAUCAUUUUGUGUUGAAAUGCUUUUGACCACUGUUGAACAGGAAGAUUACUUGUCUUUAGAAACCUUUUCUGUUAGUAUGUCUAAUACCCAAUCGGAUAUUAACAACAUAAGUACAUUCAAUCUAUUCGAACACUUGACUACUUUGUUAAAAAAUCUCAUAAGCUUAACGAGAACUUUGCCUUCCUACAAACUCAGCAGACAGCAAGGACCUGAUUCUUUUGUGUGUUGUUAUAAACUCUAUAUGGAUGAGCCGGAUUUUAGUGGCUUGGGAAGUAGUUUUCGAACAGAACAAAUUGGCUCUGUUAGUACACCAUUGGGCACCGUUCACCUUAAGGUAGCAUACAGGGAGAAAAUGCAAUUUUCUCCUUCGUCUUCAAGACGUUUGGUAGACGAUUUAAAAGUAGAUCAUUUUAACGUUGAAGCUAGUUGCUUGAAAAGGCAGAACGAGCCUAUAAAAAUUGUUCAGUCACCUCACGCCAAACGCUCUUACCAAAAAGAGGAAACAGUCAUUAAGAGUCCUACAAGUGAUGAUGGUAGCUUGAAACCUAAUGGGCUAUUUCAGGAAAAUGGCCAAUCUAUAGAUGAUGACGAAGAGGAAGAUUGGCACUCAAUAUUACAAAAAAGAAACGUUGACAAACAGCCUGCAACCUUUUGUGAAAAUAUUAACAAUCAACAAAAUAUUCCGUCUGUAGAAGAUUUACCAUACGUAAAUUUACUUAAACUCGGUUUAGAAGCCAAUAUAAAAUCUGCCUCAGAACUGAAAAAAUCUAACCAGCCGGCUGUUGCCGAAAAGCAAAAAUUAACACCACCAUCUUCGUCAGAUAGUUCAGCAUCGAGUGAUCAAAGCGAGUUUGAUACUAAAUCAAAAUUACAUUCUAAACGGAAUGGUGGUAGUGAGUUUGUUGUAGUUGAAAAGUGCCCUUUCGCUUCUAACGACGAAAAUGAUCUAAUGGCCUUUUAUCGUCAAUUCAUGAAUCCUGCUCAACUUCAAUGUAUGAAAGAACCAAUUGACAACGGUCUAACAAUAGACGACGAAGAACCGUUCGCUUUCGAAGAAGAUGAAACUGUUAUGAAACGAUCCGUUGGAAGAACUCUUGAAGAUUUCGAACAAGAGGUUCCAAUCUUUGACGAAAUGGUUGCAAUGUUGGAGGAAAAGAUGAAAAAGUAUAAUAUGACUUAG